GAUAACUUCCGGUCUCAGUUGGAGGUGUUUCUGUAUGUCUUAAUGAAGGAUUUCUCUUAUUUUCUGGGUUCCAGCCCCACGUAGCUUUAUAUAAAAUACCCUUUUCGUCUACAGCACAAGACAAGGGGAGGUAUGGCGUCUGCUUUGGAACAAUUUGUGAACAGCGUCCGUCAGCUGUCCUCUCAGGGUCAGAUGACCCAGCUGUGUGAGUUAAUUAGUAAAAGUGGAGAGCUGCUGGCAAAAAACCUCUCUCAUUUGGACACAGUGUUGGGGGCACUGGAUGUACAAGAACACUCCAUGGGAGUGUUGGCUGUGCUGUUUGUAAAAUUUUCUAUGCCUAGUAUCCCCGACUUUGAGACUCUCUUCUCACAGGUUCAGCUUUUUAUUAGCACUUGUAAUGGAGAACAUAUCCGUUAUGCAACAGAUACUUUUGCUGGUCUUUGCCAUCAGCUGACUAAUUCCCUUGUGGAAAGAAAACAGCCCCUGAGAGGGAUAAGUAUCAUCAGACAGGCAAUAGACAAGAUGCAGAUGAAUACAAACCAGCUGACCUCAAUUCAUGCAGACCUCUGCCAGCUUUGCUUGCUAGCAAAAUGUUUUACGCCUGCCCUCCCAUUUCUGGAUGUGGAUAUGAUGGACAUUUGUAAAGAAAAUGGUACUUAUGAUGCCAAGCACUUUUUAUGUUAUUAUUAUUAUGGAGGAAUGAUCUACACUGGUUUGAAGAACUUUGAAAGAGCUCUCUACUUUUAUGAACAGGCUAUAACCACUCCAGCCAUGGCUGUCAGCCACAUUAUGAUGGAAGCAUAUAAAAAAUACAUAUUGGUGUCCUUAAUACUUCAUGGUAAAGUACAGCCUCUUCCCAAGUACACUUCACAGAUAGUAGGCCGAUUCAUUAAGCCCCUUAGCAAUGCCUACCAUGAAUUAGCACAAGUUUACGCAACAAAUAACCCAGCUGAGCUCCGAAACUUGGUGAACAAACAUUCUGAAACAUUUACCAGAGAGAACAACAUGGGGUUGGUCAAACAGUGCCUCUCUUCACUGUAUAAGAAGAAUAUUCAGAGGCUAACCAAGACAUUUUUAACUUUAUCUUUACAAGACAUGGCAAGCAGAGUACAGUUAUCAGGACCACAGGAAGCAGAGAAAUAUGUAUUACAUAUGAUAGAAGAUGGCGAAAUAUAUGCAAGUAUAAAUCAAAAGGAUGGUAUGGUCUGUUUUCAUGAUAACCCAGAAAAAUAUAACAAUCCUGCAAUGCUACAUAAUAUCGACCAAGAGAUGUUAAAGUGCAUAGAAUUGGAUGAGAAACUUAAAGCAAUGGAUCAAGAGAUUAUGGUUAACCCUCAGUUUGUACAGAAGAGUUUAGGUUCUCAAGAUGAUGAUGUCGGAAGCAAAGCAUCCAGUUAUUCUUGAGGCUGGAACUUCUAGAAGUACAGUGUUGGCUGGGUCAAGAACCUGUUUACAGCAAGGAAAGUAGGGGAGAAAAAGAGACUGCGAUCACAACAAGUUAAAAAUUGGUCUUGGAUGCAGUUAUUUAUGUUGACAGAUUUCUGCACUGAAGAACACACUUUGUAAAGAAAGUUUCUGUAUGACCAAUUUCUUCAAUCAGAUUGUAACAGUACUGCUGCAUUAAAUAAAGCAAAACUUCACUACUUUA